AUGUCUUACUGGGUCUGCUGCAACUCCUGCUUCCUGUCCCCCAGCGCGGACAGAAAGCUGGCGGUCACCACCUGUGGCCAUGUCGUCUGCAGCGUCUGUUAUCAGAAAGGCAAACCAGGCAAGUGUUUAAUAUGCAGUGCCAAAUGCCAAGUAUCGCCUCUGUCUGACAAAAGCAGUUCAGAGGUGAAGGCUCUGUUCUCCGACAUCAACUCUGUGGCGACCGAACACAUCACGGAAAUCAGCAAGGUUAUAAUGUUCCAGACGAGACAUCAAAAGAGACUGCUGACUUACUACCAGCAAAGGAAUGAGAAUUUAGAAGAGGUAUUAGUCAAGAUGAAGCAAGAAAUGCAGCAGAUGGCAAAGAAGCUGAAUGAACAGAGCGCCUACAUCUCUCAGCUGGAGAACUCUCUUCAGCAUCAGAGUGCCAAAGUUUCAUCGGUGCCUCAGAUGGGCCACAGUUCCUACAAUCUUCAUGGACAAAAAUCAGUCGUACAGAUCCCGUAUCACUCCCCCAUGUCCCUCUCAAGACACUCCUCAAUGAUCAAUAUCACUGAAAACAUGGACAUGGAUGAAAGGAGUCUGUUCAGAAAACCUAACACGGUCCCCAGACUGUCAUUAAUCAGUCCUCCACAAGAUGGACGAAUGGGCACCAUCCCUCACAGGUCGGCCAACCACAACAUGUCGUCCAGCCAUUCAGCUCGCUCGGCCACAGUCAGUCGUUUUCAAGGAUCUCCGAUGACCCAGGAUAUUUCAUACGGCCAGAGUUCUGGAUGGAAGUCUCCCUUCUUCAAGCCUCUCUCCUCCUUCAGACACAUGUCCUCCCUGGCCAGCCCUCCUCCGAAUCAAACACACACAUGA